UGUGACUACAACUGGGGGAAGUGAUCCUGUGCCUGUGAUACUGGUGAAAUGAUGGACCUGCGGGAUUUUUACCUGUUUUUCGCCCUGAUCGCUUGCCUGACGGUGGACUCUGCCCUCGCUCAGGAGCUGGUGUACACCAUCCAGGAGGAGCUGCCGGAGAAUAUCCUGAUCGGCAGCAUCCCCCGGGACCUGAACAUCUCCCACCUCAACGCGGCCACCGGGGCGAGCGCCAACCUGAUCUACAGGCUGGUGUCCAAGGCGGGCGAGGUGCCCCUGCUCCGGGUGUCCAGCGGCACCGGCGACAUCUUCACCACCUCGAACCGGGUGGACCGCGAGGUCUUGUGCGCCGGCACCUACACCGACAGCGAGUGCUUCUUCGAGAUCGAGGUGGUCAUCCUGCCCAACGACUACUUCAGGCUCAUCAAGGUCAAGAUCUUCGUGCAGGAUGUCAACGACAACGCGCCCAUGUUCCCCUCCCCGGUCAUCAACAUCUCCAUCCCGGAGAACACGUUGACCAACAGCCGCUUCCCCAUCCCCUCGGCCACCGACCCGGACACCGGCACCAACGGGGUGCAGCACUACGAGCUGCUGAACGGCCAGAGCAUCCUGGGCUUGGACAUCGUGGAGACCCCCGAGGGGGAGAAGUGGCCCCAGCUGAUCAUCCAGCAGAGCCUGGACCGGGAGCAGAAGGACACCUAUGUGAUGAAGAUCAAGGUGCAGGACGGAGGCAGCCCCCAGAAGUCCAGCACCGCUAUCCUGCAGAUCACCGUGAGCGAUGUGAAUGACAACAAGCCGGUGUUUAAGGAGACCCAGCUGGAGGUGCACAUCCCCGAGAAUGCCCCCCUAGGCACCUCGGUCAUCCAGCUGCACGCCACCGACGCUGAUGUGGGCUCCAACGCUGAGAUCCGCUACCUGUUCAGCCCCCAAACCUCUCUGGCCGUCCGCAGGCACUUCGCCCUCAACAGCACCCUGGGCCUCAUUACUGUCCAGAGACCUUUGGACCGGGAGGAGACAGCCGUCCACAAGAUGACAGUGCUGGCCACCGAUGGUAGCUCCACUCCUGCCAGAGCCACUGUCAUCAUUAAUGUCACUGAUGUCAAUGAUAACCCGCCUGGCAUUGACAUUCGCUACAUCAUCAGUCCCAUCAAUGGCACCGUGUACCUGUCCGAGAAAGACCCCAUUAACACGAAGAUAGCACUGAUCACCGUUUCAGACAAGGACACCGAUGUGAAUGGGAAGGUGGUCUGUUACAUCGAGAAGGAAGUACCCUUUCACCUGAAGGCAGUGUACGACAACCAGUACCUGCUGGAGACCUCGGCUUUCUUGGACUACGAGAGCACCAAAGAGUACAGCUUCAGGAUUGUCGCCUCAGACUCAGGCAAGCCCAGUUUGAACCAAAGCGCCCUGGUGAAAGUGAAGCUGGAAGAUGAGAAUGACAACCCGCCGGUCUUUAGCCAGCCCGUCAUCGAGCUCUCUGUCCCAGAAAACAACCACCGCGGCCUCUACUUGACCACCAUCAGCGCCACCGACGACGACAGCGGCAAGAAUUCCGAGAUCGUUUACCAGCUUGGGCCCAACGCGUCGUUUUUUGACUUGGACCGCAAGACUGGGGUCCUGACUGCUUCCAGGGUGUUUGACAGGGAGGAGCAAGAGCGUUACAUUUUCACGGUGACGGCUAGGGACAGUGGCAAUCCGCCGCUUCAGAGCCAAGCGGCAGUGAUUGUCACAGUGCUGGACGAGAAUGACAAUAAUCCCAAAUUCACCCAUAACCAUUUCCAGUUUUUUGUGUCAGAGAAUUUGCCAAAAUACAGCACUGUGGGAGUGAUUACAGUCACCGACAUGGAUGCCGGGGAGAACGCAGAGGUGAUGGCUUCCGUUGUCGGCGACAAUGCUAAUUUUAUUUUGGACCCACUGAGUGGUGUAAUAAGGUCCAAUGUCUCGUUCGACAGAGAGCAGCAAAGCUCCUACACCUUUGAAGUCAAAGCUGUAGACAGGGGGAGACCUGCCCGUACCUCCAUUGCCAAAGUUACGAUCAAUGUCAUAGAUGUCAAUGAUAACAGUCCUGUUGUAAUCUACCCACCCUCAAACUCUUCAUUCAAACUAGUACCUCUUUCUGCUAUACCUGGUUCAGUAGUGGCAGAAGUGUUUGCAGUGGACGUUGAUACCGGGAUGAAUGCAGAACUCAAAUACACCAUUGUUAGUGGAAAUAACAAGGGUUUGUUUCGAAUUGACCCUGUGACGGGUAAUAUUACUUUGGAGGAGAAACCAACUGUUGCAGACCAGGGCUUGCAUCGUUUGGUGGUAAACAUCAGUGAUUUAGGCUACCCUAAACCCUUGCACACCCUUGUCCUUGUCUACUUAUAUGUAAAUGACACUGUCAGCAAUGCUAGUUACAUUUACGAGUUAAUACGUAAGACCAUGGAGACUCCCCUAGAUAAGAACAUUGGAGAUAGCACCCAGCCCUGGCAAAAUGAGGACUAUCUGACUAUAAUGAUUGCGAUUGUGGCGGGGGCUAUGGUAGUGAUUGUGGUCAUCUUUGUCACCGUACUGGUGCGGUGUCGGCAAUCUUCGAGGUUCAAAGCCACACAGAGGAACAAGCAGGGCGCUGAAUGGAUGUCUCCCAAUCAGGAGUGCAAGCAGAGCAAAAAGAAGAAAAGGAAGAAAAGAAAAUCCCCAAAGAGUUCUCUUCUAAACUUUGUUACCAUUGAGGAGUCCAAACCCGACGAUCCUGCCCACGAACCGAUCAAUGGGACCAUUACUCUUCCAGCUGAGCUGGAGGAGCAGACUAUAGGACGGUUUGAGUGGGGCAGUACACCGCCCACUACCUUUAAGCCCAGCAGCCCAGACCUAGCAAGGCAUUACAAAUCUGGAUCUCCGCAGCCCUCUUUUCAUCUAAAGCCAGACACCCCCAUUUCUGCGAAAAAGCAUCACGUGAUUCAGGAGCUCCCUUUGGACAACACCUUUGUUGGGGGCUGUGACACCCUGUCGAAGCGCUCUUCCACUAGUUCAGACCACUUCAGUGCCUCAGAGUGUAGCUCCCAAGGAGGCUUCAAGACAAAGGGUCCAUUGCACACCAGACAGAAUUCCACACAGUAUUCCCAAAAGUAUGAGAUGGAAACUUAUUAUGGUUAAAACUGAGCAAAAGUCAGUUCUCAAAGGGGUUAAGAUGGCUCUCAUCCGACGUUUGCCCACCUUGAAAUUCACCAAGUGCACAUUUAAAUUGUCGGAGAAAUUCAUGACCAGUAUGUUGAAAAGAUACCUGUAAGCAUAGCGCUCAUGCCUUCGCUUCUUCUGUAAUUGGAGUGCUGACUCUCUAAACAGGGAUUUAUCCAGCGAAUGUGAUAAAGGGAGCAGCUGCUCACGUUUAAGAUUAUGGGACACGGUCAAUUGGACUACCUCUUUAUAGGGGAUGUCCUUGAGACGAUGAAUUGAUGCCUGCCGUGUUUAAGUCUUUUGUCAGGAAAAAUGAUGUGGGAACUGGAAUUAUUUCACUCUUCUGCCAAGAUGUUUCUCUUGAAACUGCAGCAACUCUAGCAUCAAUGCAGAACUGCACCAAUAUUGCCACGGCCUUAGAGAAUACAGUAAAAUGGUCUCUGAAUAGUCAAAAUACACAUUUACCUUAUGCAGUUGGAUGUGUUCUUGCAUACGUUGGUGGAAAAUUACCCAGUGGGUUUGCAAAAUAUUUGAUUUCUAAAUGCAGCUUUUGCUAAAACAUGAUGGGUGGAGUGUUCAACUGUUGUUCUUAUAAAAAUAAGGCCAAGAAAAGAGCAGACACCCACCCCCCCCCAUCACCGCCCUUUUAAAGUCUGCUCCUCCUGAACAAGGGAGUUCCCCAAACUUUAUUAAUCAGGGCUUCUGUCAUAACAGGACAUUAAGAUUGGGGGAGAGUUGAAAGUAUUAAUGGAGCUCAGCAGAAGCAUUCCAGAGCAGAAGAUUUAAGCAGCUUCUCCUCAGCCCUGCUCAAGCAGGGAGAACUGAAACUGGCCACCGGUCCUGGCUCUUGGGUAUUUUGAGCCAGCUUUUCUCUCUUAAGCUGUGUCACACUGAGUGGCUGGAAAAGAUUUUGCAGAAGUGCUUAUCAGUAACCAGGCACCACACAUUUUACAGCAUCUGAAAGCACCGGUCUUUUGGGACUCACUGAGAAGGGUCAGAUAGUCAUGUCAGUGUUGGUAAGGGCGAAUCUAUAAAUAUUAUUAUACAGUAUUCACAGACAUUUGGCUUGAAUCACAAUGUAUAUUUAAAUAUAUCCAAUUAUUAUACUCUUGUAUUUAUUUUAUUGCUGUUUUUGCCAUUAUAUUUAAAACUGUAUGCACAUAUUGUGGUUGCAGAUUUCUGUACUAAAUAAAGUAUAGCCUGAUUAUUAAA